AACCGUAGCCGGAUGUUUGGAGCGAUUUCUAACUGGCUUGGUAAUUAUCCACGUUUGUAAUGUCGGACUGGGAGGAUGAUUAUGAUGGAGACGGUGUCGCAAUCAAGAAGUCUGUACCUGGGAACACAGCACCUUUGAAAGAAUGUAAAUCUUUGAACAACGGCAAGGAGAACAUUUGUUUUGGUGUGAGAAAUUACGGUGGGAUUGGACCGCCACGAGGACCGCCAGUAGAUCGUAACGGUCCUCAGUACCAAAAGGACCGCAUGUUUUCAAGGGAUCAUGAUUCUGAUAGAGGACGCGGAUCGGGUCCGUGUGGUAACGCGACUGACCGGUCGGGUUCCACACCGGUAACUUUUACAGUGGAAAGCUCCUCUAUUGGCAGGGUUAUAGGUCGCGGCGGAGCCAAAAUACGUGAACUUGAAGAAAGUACUGGUGCAAGAAUUAAGAUCAACAGAGGGGACUAUGAGGGAGAAGUGCUCAUCUUUGGGAACAGUGAUGUUCAACAGAAGGCUAGAGAGAUGAUUGAGGAGCUGGUGUCAGGCGGCGGCUCUGGCUUCUACGGUGGCCCUGGAAGGAGUGGUGAGCAUGGAGGUGGCCGUGGUGGUGGUGGUGGAGGAGGAGGCAGAGUUAGAAAUGACUCCUGCUGGUCAGCGUCAGCAUUGCAGGCAGCUGACGUCCCACCCCCCCAGGCCAUCGACUGGAACUCCAUGAGAGAGAACAGGGAGAAAUAUGAGCAGAUGAAGUGGCAGGACCUCCCACCCCUGAAGAAGGACUUCUACAUUGAGGCAGAGAGCGUAGCCAAACGCACUGCAGAGGAAGUGAAAGAGUGGAGGAAGCAGAAUAACAACAUAUUUGUUGACGAUCUGAAGGAGGAGGGCGACAAGCGUCUCUUCCCCCAUCCCGUGCAGACCUUCCUGGAGGCCUUCCUACACUAUCCCGGAAUCAUGGAGAACAUUGUCCGCGUCGGCUUCGCCAAACCAACCCCCAUCCAGUCCCAGGCGUGGCCCGUGGCACUGAGGGGAGACGACCUGAUCGGCAUCGCCCAGACGGGCACAGGGAAGACCCUGGCCUACCUACUGCCUGGUUUCAUCCACAUGGAUGGUCAGCCGGUACACAGGAACAGGCAGGAUGGUCCAGGUAUGCUGGUGCUGACCCCCACCAGAGAGCUGGCCCUGCAGAUCGAGGCAGAGUGUAACAAGUACAGCUACAAAGGCUUCAAGAGUGUUUGUAUCUAUGGAGGUGGGGACCGCAGGGCUCAGAUCAAGCUGGUGGCCGGCGGAGUGGACAUAGUAAUCGCCACUCCCGGCCGCCUCAACGACCUGCAGAUGAACGAGCUUAUCAACCUGCGCUCCAUCACCUACCUGGUGCUGGAUGAGGCAGACCGGAUGCUGGACAUGGGCUUUGAGCCCCAGAUCAUGAAGAUCCUGCUGGACAUCCGUCCAGACAGACAAACCUUUAUGACCAGUGCCACCUGGCCCCCAGGUGUAAGGCGAUUGGCCAAGUCGUAUCUCAAGAACCCCAUGAUGGUAUACGUGGGGACGCUGGACCUGGCUGCGGUCAACACAGUUCAUCAGACAGUCCUGUUUGUCCAGGAGGAGGAGAAGAAGGCCUACGUCUUUGACUUCAUCCACAACAUGGAGCCCGAGGACAAAGUUCUCAUCUUUGUGGGCAAGAAGCUUCUAGCCGAUGACCUCUCCAGCGAUCUGUGUCUACGGGGCCUGGCUGUGCAGAGUCUCCACGGCGACAGGGAGCAGUGUGACAGGGAGGAGGCCCUGAAGGACUUCAAAGAGAGUCGUGUCCGCAUCCUGGUGGCGACAGACCUGGCGUCCCGAGGUCUGGACGUCCACGACAUUACCCACGUCUUCAACUACGACUUCCCGCGGAACAUUGAGGAGUAUGUACAUCGCGUGGGCCGCACAGGUCGCGCCGGGCGCUCUGGGGCUUCCAUCACCCUGGUUACAAGAGGAGACUGGAGGAUGGCCUCUGAGCUGAUCCCCAUCCUGGAACGAUCUGGACAGGACGUCCCAGAGGAGCUUGUGCUUAUGGCAGAGAGAUACGAGAAGCACAAGAGAGAGAAGGACAUGUACGGAGGAGGAGGAGGGAGAGGAGGAGGAGGAGGAGGGAGAGACGGAGGAGGGAGGAGAGGAGGAGGGAGAGACAGAGGAGAGUCAAACUGGAGGUUCUAACCACGUCAGGAAGAAGCCGUUUCUGGAAGUUCUGGAACCUCUGGUGUUCUGAUGGUCUUUUGUGUGUGUUCAUUUUGUUUUGUUUGCUGUGUUUGUAUAAAUAACAAGCAAUUAGUUUUUGAGUGUGUUUAAAAGACCAUUUAUUUGUUGGCGAGUUGCCAUUGCCAUGUAUCAUCUUUGAGGAAAAGUUCAAAUUUAAACAAAUUAAUUUCCUGACAUAACUAACCAUUUUUACUUGCUAUGAUUUGUGCUGUCAUCACAUGGUCUCUUAGUGCCUUACCGGAGGGAAACUGCGUGUUCUUGUCGACACAUUUGUUCAUGUACUCGCUUGAAUUCCUGUUAUAUAACCCAAUGAUCUCAAGCUCUUUACUUAAUUAAACACAAUACAAU